AUGCCGUCCAAGCUCCCCGUCCGCCGAGUAGGCAGGCUCGGCCCUUAUGUCCCCAUUGUUGGCUUUGGUGCCAUGGGCAUGAGCAUUGGUUACGGUUCCACUGGAACCGAUGAGGACAAACUCAAGCUCUUGGACCGCGCUUGGGAGCUAGGCUGCACCAACUGGGAUACCGCGGACGUUUACGGGGAUUCCGAGGACACAAUUGGCAAAUGGUUCCAGCUCCAUCCGGGGCGUCGCGAGGACAUCUUCCUCGCGACAAAAUUUGGUCUCCGCGCUUGCAGCGACGGCAUCCAUGCGGAUUCCAGUCCCGAUUUCUGCAGGGAAGCCAUUGAGCAAAGCCUUGCGCGCCUGGGAGUGACACAGAUCGACCUGUAUUACGUGCAUCGCGCGGAUCCAGCGGUGCCCAUCGAGAAAACCGUUGCCGCAAUGAAGCAGAUGGUCGAGCAAGGGAAAAUAAAGUACAUUGGCCUCUCCGAAGUGUCGUCGGACUGCUUGCGUCGAGCCCACGCGGUGCAUCCAAUAUCUGCGGUCCAGAUGGAAUAUAACCCAUGGACCCGCGACAUCGAGGGACCGUCUGGCACCAACUUGAUGGAUACGUGCAAGGAGCUGGGCGUGGCCAUGUUUGCAUACUCGCCGCUCGGCCGGGGCAUCUUGACCGGUCGUUACCGCUCCGCGAGUGACUUGGAGCCUGACGACAGCCGUCGCAUGCUUCAACGUUUUGAGGAGGGCAACCUUGGAGAGAACGCGCAGCUCGUGGAUAAGUUGGCAGAGAUUGCCGACCGCAAGGGUUGCACAUCCGCUCAGCUGGUCCUGGCUUGGUUGACUCGUCAAAACGAGCACAUCUUUGUCAUCCCCGGCACCAGGAGCGUCAACUACUUGGAGGAGAACGUGGCUGCGUCGCAUCUGCACGUUACGGAUGAAGAGCAGAGAGAAGUUAGACAACUGGUCGAAAGCAUCGAGGUCAAAGGAGGCAGGGAUCCGAUGUUUGGCCACUUUGUUACAACAGUUUCCUUGGAGCAGUCGCUAUGUGGUUGA